UUCAGCAGGCCAAAUUAUUAAGUACUUAAAAUACUCCAAUCCAAUAAUGGCAGGGAUGAAAAUUAAGGAUAUUUGUAUGAAGAUUAAGAAUAAUCUAUAUAAGCAACCAUUCAUUGUAGAGUAUCGAAAUUCUGCUCCAGUCAUUGUUACACCUAAAACGGUUCUUCUGAACAAUAUGUCCCGUAAUCCGGAUUUGACAUACGAGAACUACUUCGAGCCUUCAGUCCAGGGUUGCACUUCAAAGAGCCAGAGUCAGAAGGACUGCCAUGUAGGCUCUACGGGAUUCUCUGCUGGGAUUGAUAUCAAUGAUCAGCCGUAUGUUCAACGUAAAGCUAUGGAUGAAGUGAUUGAACGUUGGAAUGAAAAACCUAAGAUGGAAUAUUUCCAGAGGUUGAAAAUUAUUCUGUCCUAAAAUAAUUAUUUUACUUAAUGUUGCAUACGUGAGAUAUCCCAAAUCUUUAUUUGUUUUUUAACAUUAGUCAGAGUACCUAUUUGUUAACAAUAUUUUUUGUGGUAACAACUUCAAUAAAACAUGUCAUUUUUAUAAAAAUAAAAGAAUAUAUUACUCCGUUAACGAUAAAACACACGAUUUUCACAACCACAACAUAU